AUGAAAAAUAAUAAACUUCAAUCAAAGAAAGAGCCGCAAAAUCAAGAGAAUAAUAUGAAUAAAACAGUUAAUCAACUUGCCUCCAUGAAUUUUUCAAACCUAAAGUCACCUCAUUCUGUAAUUGAACCUAAAAAGAAGAAAUGGAACAAAGAAAAACUAAAACAGGAAUUUUUUAAAGUUGUGAACUAGCUAAUUUAUUUUAUGCCAGUCAGCGGAUCAAUAUAUUCGAUUAUUCUAAUCGGAGAAUUUUUGAUUUUCUGCUCCUUUUUCUUUUACAAAUUUGAAAUUGGGCGGUACAACAUAACUAGACCUUCAUUAGAAAAAUAGGCUUUGGGUGAUCAUUUCAUGAUCGGUACUUACUUGGGCUAUUUCAACAUUAAAUAGGUACUCCUAAAUAAUACAAAUGAAAAUGAGAGCUACGUAUGUCUUAGUAUUAUAUUAACUGGAUUAAUUCUGAACUUUGCUUUCCUUUUUAUAAUUUCACUACAAGCAUAUUCAAAAAAAGGACAUGAGAUAUUAGGGGUGAAAUCAUUCCAAAAGAACAUGAUUAAAAUAUUUGCACUUGUGUAACUCCUGUUGAUGAAAAUAGCAUUUGUUCCGAUAUUUGUCAUUUUAUGCUCUUUUAUUGUAUGUGUUUCUAGUGAUAGUCUUGAAUAUGCCAAUUAAUCCUUUGCUUUUGUAAACUACUAUUAUACGUUCGAGUGCUGGAAUAUGUCACACAUUUUUGUUAGCAUCAUCUCUUUUUCAUUCUUGGGUAUGGUCAUUGGGUUAAUCCUGCCUUACUCACUGAUGCUUAUGGAUGGAAGAGCUAUCUCCUCAUUAGCCUGGGGAUGCUCCCUAAACAGGGCGGAAUUCAUCAAAACUUUACAGAAAAUUCUAAUCGUCCUUUCAGUAAAUGCGGAUAUUUACAGCAAUUGGAUUCUAUUAAUCUUUUAGAUUGCUAUGAUGAUAUUAUCAUUGAUGGUACUUCACUAGAGGAAUAAAUACUUUUAUUUUUCAAAUAGAAAGGUCUACAUUGCCACAAUUAUUCAAGAAUCAGCCAUUCUAUGGCUAUCCAUGAUUACACUUAUCAUUAGUUGUAUAUUAAUUGAGUUUUCAGUAGGUUGCUUUUUAUAUAUUAUGGCUUCGACUUUACUGUUUGUUGGUUUAUCAGUAGUUUACUUUUUACGAAAGGAUAGCUCUUGCCAUUUAGUUAGAUACUCUAUGCUUGAAACACCAGAGGAGUAUGAAUAGUAUUUCCUUCAGCUGAGAAAAUACUUCAAGCAAAUUGACCAUAAGACAAUCGAUAAGACAAUUUUAUUCGGAUUAAUAAAGUCUCAUUAGAUUGACUGCGAUGAUUAAAAAUGCAUGUGUGAGUUACUGUAUAAUUUAAUCUCAUCGAAUAGGCUCUAACAAUACCUUAAUUAAUUUGAUGAUAAAUUGCUCAUGCAGUUCAACUUAAGAAUGAUCGAUGAGUCACACUUGAAAUCCAUUGAUAAAGAUACUAUAAUUGCUGAGGAGCUCUUAAAUGACGAUGUUGAACUUAUCAACAAGAGUGAUCCUAAAUAAGCUAAAUUAUUUGAGCACAAGUUUUAAAAUAUGCUCUUCGUUCUCUAUUACAAUAUGCUUUCUAAAAUAGUUCAAAGGUUUCCACAAUAUUACAGGCUGAAGUUCAUUCAAAUGGAUACUCUUAAUGAAGACUUAAACAAUGAAUUCAAGGCGUAUUUUCUAGUUAUAAAAAUCAUGCAAGAAAAGCCUCCUUUUGAAUGGUAAUUUUUCCUUCACUAAAUGAAGUAAAACAUUGAGAUUAUUAUGUUCAAUAAGUACUAGUCACUAAAGAACAAUAAGCAUGGGAUUGAUAUUAUCAAAGUAUCAGACUUUGAGUCGAUGUUCCUUAAAUUUGAGAAGUUAAUCAUUGACACUGCAAAUAACUGCUUAAAUUUUUGGAAGGAGCUAAUGGAAAAUAAAACUAGCUGUGAUGUUAACAGAAUUCAUGACUUUGGCGUGUAAAUAGCAAAUACCUAUACAAAUGUUUCAGAUCUUGCUAAAAAUAUGAUAGAUAUGUACCCAAAUCACAUGAUGUUGCUGAAAAUCUAUGCUUAUUUCCUAUCAGAUGUCAUGAAUAAUGAAGAAGAGGCCUCUGAAAUUAAUUCUAAAGUAAAAUCGUUUAUGUCUAAUUAAUCAAAUCUCCAAAACAGAGUUCAAGAAUAGAGCAAUAAUGAGGCAGAUGAAAAUAAAUUCUUCGGAUACAAUACCAAAACAGUACUUAUUACUAUGACUGUAACACCUAAAGACAUAGGUAAUAUAGUAAAUGCGAAUUUUGAGACUAAGGAACUUUUAGGGUAUAAAAAUAAAGAAAUAAAAGGUAAAAAUGUUAGAAUUUUAAUGCCAAAGAUCUUAUCAGAUAAUCAUGACUCAUUCAUUCAGAAUUAUUUUGAGACAGCUAAAGCAAAGAUAAUAGAGGUAAAAAGGAUUGUAAUUGCAAAGGAUAAGUAAGGCUUUAUUAUACCAGUUCAUAUUCUGGUAAAAGCGAUCCCAAAUCUGCAAAGAAACUUGACUUUUGUUGGGUUCUUAAAAAAGGUAGAUGAAAAUGAUCCAUUUAUGCAGCCACCUUCAAUUUUCGCUGGCCAAGAAUAUCAUCUUAUUGUAACUGAUCCUGAAGGGUAGAUUCAUGGAUUUUCUCGAAAUUGCUGGGAAACAUUUGGCUUUAGUCCAUAAUUUUUUUUCAACAGAUUUGGAGACCCAGAGUAAUAAAUCAAAAUGGAUAAAAUCAUAAAAAACAUAAAAAAUCCAUUCUUCCUUUCAAAAUUAGAACAUAAGAAAGAUGGGUAGUAUUGCUGUUUAGAUACUAAUCAUAUUAUGGAAACAAUUUCUAAAGAACUGCUUAGUAGAGAUGAGCAAGAAGUGCUGAAAACAAUAAGUGGUUCAUAUAACAUAAAUUUGCAAGCCAACGAAAUGAAAUUCGCUGAUGGAUAGAUUGUACUAAAAAUUUUUAAGGUGUUAAAGGUCUCAAGAAUAAUCAGAUCUUAAAAUGUACUUGAUAUGAUACAAUUAAAAGUCGAUGAAAUUAAUGAAAUAUCUGAUACUGAUUAAGAAGAAUCUACAAUUAGCUAAUAAAAUCUUAUCAACCAUGAUGCUAAAGAGGAUUCAAUAGAAGAAGAUGAUGAUGUGAGAAAUCACGGAAGCAAUCCCAAUCAUAUGGAUUUUAGCGAAGAAUCUAUUCAGUCGACAAUAAAAAUUAUAGAAAUUAAUUAGAGUUCAAAGUAUCUAUAAACUUUCAAAAAGUCGAUCUCAAACAAAUAGAUGCCAAAGUCUAUAAAUCAACUUAAUUGGCUAGUUAUUGCUUUUGUUAUUCUAAUAGUGAUAAUUUAAUCAUUUGAUUUGUACUGGAAUCUAUAGUUCUAUCAAUACGCUGAGGAGAAUUAGAUCAAUUUGUAAAGAUUAUUCAAGAAAUAAAAUUAGGUAUCUCAGAUAACUAGUAAUGUAAUCAAUGCAGCACUAAUUAAUUUGAAAAUACAAGAUAAUCAGUAUAAGAAUUAUACUAAUAGGCUUAACUACUUUUAGUAGCUAAUAAUGAGAGAUUAUGAAGAAUUAGAUGAUAUUGAGAACAUUAUGUAGGGUAAUUCAUAUAGAUUUAUGUUCUUCGAAAUGGGCCAUUUUGAUGAGAAUAUUGAGUUUAGUAUUGAGAACUUAUUUUAAGAUUCUUCUCGAAAUGAAGAACUCAAAAGCAUGAGAUAUGUGAUCUCUUAAUUUAUCUCAAAGAUACAGCCUUAUGAUGCGGAUGUGAGCAAAUAUUGUUUUACUCCAGAAAUAUUCAAGAUUGGUUCAGAAGAGAAAGUAAGAGAAAGGAAUUAGACUUAAAAGGAUGUGUUCUUUAUCAUAUAAAAUACCAUUAAAAGAUUAGCUGAUAUUAAUAACCUUUAAAAUGAAGAUUUCUAUAAAGGCUUCAAAGAAGUUUUAGAUAAGCAUUUAAUUGUGAUUGCAAUAGAAUUCGUAUUCUGUGCUGUCUUUGUUAUUCUUAGUGGAUUCGUAGUAUUUCCGAUUGUGAUAGGAGUCCAGAAAAAUAAAGUAAUGAUUCUUAGUAUCUACUUUGAUUUACCAUUCUAUGAAAUUGAAAAAUCUUUUCGAAAGUGCUUAUACUUUAUGGCUAAAAUUGAAUCAAAAUUGGAUGAUUAAUCUGAAUCAACUGAGGAAGCGCUCUAUGCAAAGAGGAUCAUUGAGUUUGAAGAAUAACAAAAAAUGCUUUAAUAGGAGGAAAAGAAGGAGGAUGAGUAGAGUGUUGAUCUGUCAGUUAGUUCAGAAAGAUCAAGCAAAAGACAUCUAUUCGACAUAGAUGAAGGAGAAUUCGACGUUCCGUAAAUUGGGAUAAAACGGAAGUAAACUUUGAGAAGGCAAUCUACAUUUAAACAAAAUGAUAUCUAACCAAGAAUUAUCUAUCAUCAAUAGUCUAAAUAAUAAGAAUAAUUGAAUGAGUCUCAACAGUUCAGGAACUUUAAGGACUUUAAUAAUUCCUUAAACAGUUAAUUAAAUCUCAAUAAAAGUAAUAAGUAGAUUUAAGAUGAAGUGAAAGAGAAAGAGAUUGAUCAAAUGAGGAGAAGUAGUUCCCUUUCAGGCAUAGAUAAGAACAAAAUGUUCAAGGAUAUCAAGGUCUAAAAUAGCAAGAUUAACAUGAUAACUUUAUUCGUGAUAAUGAUAUUCAUUUCUUACUUUGCCACAUCAUUUGCAGUCAACAGGAAUUAUAUUGAUGAUAUCUAGGAAGGAAUAGACUAUUAGUAUGAGCUUUACUCUGAAAAGCAUAGCUUACAAUAUGUAUUUCUUUAUUUUGUUCAAGAAUUAAUGCAAAACACAGUACUAACCUAUGAAAAUAAUGGAUAGACAACAAGUUAUAUUUCUAGCUAUGUUACUAAUAUUCAGAAUGUACAAUAACUAAAAGAAAAGUUCAAAAGAUAAAAUAGCACUGGGUUGCUAUCUGGUAUUGCUUCAAACUACAUUGAUCUGAUUGAAAGAGAGCCUUUAUGUGAUACUAUUUAAGAAUAUUUAGAAGAUCAGUUUUCAAGGACCUAAUGUAGAUAUAUCGGAGAUGGUACCUUAAAACUUGGAAUGAAGCACACAAUAAAUAUGAUACUCUAUUAAUUCCAGCAACUUCAUAUCAAUUUUGAAUAGAUAAAAGUAGCUAAAUACUCUACAAAUGUUACAAAUCAAAUGCUUUUGAAAUUGCUAAACAAUCCCUUCCUGUUAGAGUUCUCUUUCUUAUCCAACACUUAUCUUUAUGCCAGCUUUAUAGGCUUGCUUGAUAAUGUGAGGAAGUCUGUUGAUUAGUACUACUCAAAGAUUUGGCUAUUUGUUGAAUUGAAAUUCGGAUUUUUCAUAAUAUUUACUUUCCUGAUCUUGACUGUGGUCUGGCGAAUAUUUUUAAGAAACAUACAGUCUGAGAUAUUCAGAAGCAAGGGAAUGCUCAAUAUGAUUCCGACUGAAUUUUUAGAAAAGCAAAACAACCUCAAAAGUCUAUCGCUUAAUAAACUUAUGGACAUUUAAAAUUGA